CUUGAGAAUGCUCGCUAUCUUCAUCUGGCCACCUGCACAGAGUUGCAACCCCACGUCGCACUCAUGAACUACACCUACCUACCAUCACAUCCCUUCGCAGACUCUUCGUCGCAAAUGCCUUCCGGUCCCGUAAUCAUCAUGACUUCGAAUCCCGCCUCGCGCAAGACUGUCAACCUUACCGCCAAUCCCAAUGUAUCACUGCUCGUUCACGACUGGGUGUCGCAUAGACCUGCAACCAACCACAGAAACUCGUCGCCCGAAGGUCGCAGAGCUCCUGGACGUAGUUCGCUGGCUUCAUUGCUAAUGGGCAUGAACACAACCCAAAUGGGCUCAAUCAGUGCUACCAUCAACGGUAACGCCAUUGUCUUGCCAGUGGGAUCAGAGGAAGAGAAAUGGUGCAAGCUUCAGCAUUUGGAAAACAACACUUUCGAGAGGGAGGAGACAUCACAAAAUGUCUUGAGCGCUACACCGAGCAACGCAGAGGAUGAAGAGGCUAGCAGACAAUCGUUCCUCAAGGACGAAGACAUAAGAGUUGUGGUUGUGAGGAUAAGAGAGGGCAGAAUCGCUGAUUGGAAGGGAGGUGUCAAGGAUUGGAUUCUUGCUCCUGCUGAGGGAGCAGGUAACCUUGUCAAUGGUCUAUGAGUAGAUCAACUCGAAAGCAGGUAUAAUGAAUAAAUGCUUAUCACUCAUGCAUGCUUGCGCCAGUACAA